UAUUAUGAAAUGGAUACGAAUGAAGUAAAAAAAACUGUGUAUACAGCAGCAGAAUUACCGAAAUUUACAACAUCGCCAGCAACAUUUAUACCAACAGUGUUUGGUGGACAUGUAUUAGUUUAUGAAAGUCGUUCACAUCCUGGUCAUCGUCGCGAAUUUGCAUUUAAAACUCGUUUCACAAAUCAAGCAGGUGUAAGUUCAUGUUAUUAUCGCUGUAUGUCUUGUAGGUCGAUGAAAAAUAAAAUAAAAGUUGGUCCGGAUGGUAAAUUACCGCAGAUACCAUGUAUUGCGGUAAAAAAUGGAUAUAUCGUAAACGAUCCGGAUUUUCCAGAAGCUAAUGAUCAUUUCUGUAUUCCACCAACAAUUGAAGAAUCGAAACAAAAAGAAGAAAAUGGUUUUGCGAAGACAAUUGCAAAAGGACGACCACGACAACGUACACGAAAGCCAAAUAUCACAUCAUUUUCUUCAGCGUCAUUAUUUAAUAAAUCUUUCAUCAAUCAGUUAAAUGCUUAUCAUUCAUUAUUUGAUCCUAGUUUAAUCGAUAAUAUAUCGCUGAUAAGUACGAGUUUAUGUGGUACUUCAGCUGGUAGUUUUUCAUCUAACUUCAAUGAUAGUACCAGUGCUAUUGAUUAUUCAUCUGAUAAAAUUAGUAACAUAAAAAUUGAAGAAUAUGAUUCGACUGAUGCAACAACAACAGCGAAUAAUUUAUUGGCAUCUCUUAUAAGUUCUGAGCCAGCACUACGUACUGAUAUCAAUAUCAAUAAUGAUAACAGCAAUAUCAAUUUGCUGGAAAAUGAUGACAAUUAUGCUUCAAUUAUCAAUUCGCUGAAUAAAACAACAAAUUCGAUUAUAAAUAAUGCAUAUAAUAAUGGAUGUAAUACUGGAAAUAGUAAUGUUGAUACUGUUAAUGGGCACGAUAAUACUAUUGGUGGAAGCAAUAGAAGAAAACGAAAAUUAUCACCAAAUCAUUUUGAUCAAAUUAUGGAACAUUAUGUUACCAAUAGUUGGGAUUUACCUGAAAAUGGUUUAUUUCUUUUAAAUUCUAAAAUAUUUUUUUCAGCUGAAUGUUGUCGAAAAGCUACGGAGUUAGCUUGUACAUUUGUUCUUUCGUUAGCAAGGCGCAUACCACAGGCUGUUUCUUCACUCAAGGCUGGUAAAUGGGCAACUAAAGAUUUUAUUGGUGAAGAGAUUUAUGGCAAAACAUUGGCAAUAAUUGGUCUUGGCCGUGUUGGCUUAGAGUUGGGAGAACGCAUGUUAUCUUUCGGUAUGAAAAUCAUUGGUUACGAUCCUGUCGUUUCCGUUGAGUUUGCUGCAAAGUUUGGUAUAACGUGGACGCAAUUAAAUCACCUCUGGCGUCAAGCCGAUUAUAUAUCUUUGCAUAUACCAUUAACUCCUAAAACUCGGAAUUUGAUAUCUGCAACUACGCUAAUGCAGUGCAAACGUGGUGUUAAAAUUAUCAAUGUCACCAGAGGAGGAGUAAUAAAUGAAACCGAUCUUCUUGAGUUUUUAAAUCAAGGUCAUGUUGGUGGAGUUGCUCUUGAUGUCUUCGCAGAGGAACCGCCACAAUGUCGAGAACUGCUUGAACAUUCCAGAGUUAUUUGUACUCCUCAUUUAAGUUCUUCUUUCGAUGAACGUAAGGAAAGAAUUGGUCGUGACUUAAUCGGAAACAUUGUCGCUUUAAAUAAGGGGGUUGGAUUUUAUAGUGGGGUAAUGGGUUUUUUUUUGUGGCGUCGUUUCUUUUAUAGAGAAUUUGCAGAUGCACGAGGUAUUGAAAAGGCGUUGGUAGCCAGUGCUACUGUUGGUUUAUUAAUGUCAACAGGGAACGCUGGAGCUAAUUUGGUCAAUGCGGAGAUUAAUGCAUUAAGAGAGGGAGUAAUGAUCUGGAGCAGUGAUUGCAUCUGCCUAGUUCAGGUAUGGUCAACUGGCCAUACCACAGCAGCUUUUUGGAUAACUUCUCUUUUUUUGAUAGUUCUCACCAAUGCUGGUUGGGCUGAUUGA